GACCGGAUCUCCAUGAGCCCCCAGAUUGAAGCCUGCUCUGCUGUCUCAGCCUUCAGGGUUUCUGUUAACACCCAGGAAGCAAGGAUCAAGAGACAGCAGAAGGCCUCUCCCACUAAGGCUCGCGAUGGGAUCGCAGACACGCACCCUCUGGGGGUCGGGAAGGAUCGGACACUCCAGGCUCAGCGUCUCCUUUCCCAUCCUCCCCAGUCCCUGCACCUGGUGGCCCCAGUAUGGAAUGGGGGUACCAGGGGCAUCGGUGGCCUGAGCAGGGUGGUGGCCCCCGAGGGCAAUCAGAAGAAGGGGAGGUCGCUGCUCCAGUUCCUGGCUGACCGCUUCUAUGACGUGGAGGCUCUCAGGGACCACCUGCUCCGAAAGCAGGUGUCGAAGGUGCACCAGAAAAAUCGACCCUUCAACCACAUCAACCAGCGAUACGGUCCCUACGUCGCGGGUGCCUAUUUCAUCCUGAAGCAGGGAGGCGCGGUCAGGUUUCAGGGCAGGGAGUGGAUCCGGCCAAAUCAGCGUGGCCACUUCUCUCUGGACUUCUUGAAGUUGCAGGCGGUGCCCGUGGAGGCCGUCGAUGCCAGCGGCUGUGCCAUCAACUACCAAGGCCUGGACAGCCUCUUGGCCCUGAAGGAGCUCCAGUCCCUGUGGCUGCAGCGCUGCCCCCACGUGGAUGACUGGUGUCUCAGCCGCCUCCACCCGCUGGCCAGCUCGCUGCAGGAGCUCUCGCUGGCCGGCUGUCCCCGAGUCUCUGAACGGGGCCUCGCCUGCCUCCACCACCUCUGGAACCUCCGCAGACUGGACAUCUCGGACCUCCCUGCCGUGUCCAGUCCGGGCCUCACUCGGAUCCUGGUGGAAGAGAUGCUUCCUAGUUGCGAGGUCCUGGGGGCCGACUGGGCCCAGGGCCUCAAGCUGGGGCCAGAGGAGCAGCCUCGGGACACAGCCGGCCCCACCCCUGCCUAGCCCUCGGCCAGCCACCGUCAGGCUGGAUCUCAGCGGGACCCGGUGGAGUGUCCCACGGUUCCCCAUACUUCUGGCUUCCGUCGGGUUCACUCGGUGUGGGGGUUGGGCUCUGGCUGGCUGCAUCCUGGGGGGAAAGGUCACAGCUCCUGUCUCCUGUCAGGAGGCUCUGUCCACAGGCUUCUCUCCUGGGUUCCAACCAACAGUCGCCUCCUCCUGCCUCUUCAGGCCUGGGGGAGGGUUACCAGCCCCAGGAGCUGUGCUCCCCCCACGGUUUCCCCACACCUGCCCCCUAGCACGUAAGAGACUCUGCUCUUGUGUCCAGAGACUCUCCAAGUAUCUUUAUUUGAGUGUGCUGCUGCUUCCUGCCCGGACCUGGCUGACACGGGGGCGCUGCUGGCACGCUAGGGGACGGGUCUUCGGGGUGUGACACCGCUCAGCUCACCGCAGGCUACGGCAUCCCUGGCCUGCACUCACGAGAUGCCGGGAGCGCCCCCAGGUCCCACAGUGUUGCCGCUUACCCACGUAUUGGCUCCAAAUUCAGCGUUCUCGUUUGCUCCGUGAAAACUGACCUGGGCCUUUGCUAAGUGGCACGAAGAGGUUUGUCAGUAGAGGGCGCCCUAGAGGUUCCAGGAGGAGAGGCUUUUGCUUCCUGGUUCCUGACGACGGCGGUGUGCUCACUCUUUGGUCUGGCUCCCUGCCCUGAGUGCUCAGUGGUCAGCAGCUUCCCCUACCCACCCCCCCCACCCCCGCCGGCAGCUUCAGAGCUGUGCCUCCACUGAGGCACCUCCCUGCAAAUGACUCUCCAUGGCACCCCACCUGGGGGACCUCCAGUAAAUGCCGAGGCACCUUACCAGCGAGUCCCUGUUAUUUCAAUUUGCCAUUCAAGUCAAUAAUUCUUUACAUUAAACUUCACCUGCUCAAUUUAC